AUGAUUUUCGAACAGCUCGGCGCCCUUAUCAACGUUCCUCUUAUGGUGCUUUUUAACAAAACUAGCAUCGAAAUGUUUGGAGUCGAUGAUGGUGGAAUCAUGAUGCUUUCGAUAGCCAGCUGGACAAAUCUGACGGGGAUGGCGUUUUCCAUUUUCGGCGUUUUGCCAUUAGUGGAUUAUUUGGGUCGACGACCUGUCUGCAUUUACAUAAAGGUAGCACUUGCCACUGCCGGAACAUCACUCUGUGUCCUGGCAUGGUUACUACAAAACGGCGUAUUCUAUCUGCUAGCCGUUGCAUUCUUCGCAGCACCAAAACUUCCCUCUACGAAACUCGCCAGAAAAGUGGCGCGUCCUCGGAGAAGUGAGAGGAAAGCGUCUUCGGAGAAGAAAGAGAGAAAAGUCACCUACGAAAUGGAACACUGCGUGUCGCGCCGCGGCGACAUACACAAAGAUCCACAACCCAAUCAAGUCGUGUCUUGUAACUACAGAUUUGUCAGC